CCCGGCGAGGGAGGGAGGCCCCGGCGGCCGGGAGGCUGCGAGCCGCGGCGGGACCCGAGCGCGCGUAGGGGCGCGGCGGCUGCCGGGGCAAGCCGGGCGGCGGAGGUGGCCGUCGAGAGUGCGGAGCGCCCGGGGCCAGGGGCCAGCCGCGGGCAGACACCCGAGGGCCCCGCUGGCUCGGCCCUGGGAGGGGCCCGGCGCCCGCAGCCCCCCACGCCUGGAGAGGGAUGCGGUGCGCCCCGAGAGCGCGGUAGCCUCGGAUCGCGGCGCUGCGUACUCGAUGAUGGAUGAGCCGUGGUGGGAAGGGCGCGUCGCCUCGGACGUCCACUGCACCCUGCGCGAGAAGGAACUGAAGCUGCCCACCUUCCGAGCCCACUCCCCGCUCCUGAAGAGCCGCCGGUUCUUUGUCGACACCCUGACCCUGCUGAGCAGCCACUGCCAGCUGUGCCCUGCCGCCCGGCACCUGGCCGUCUACCUGCUGGACCACUUCAUGGACCGCUAUAACAUCACCACCUCCAAGCAGCUGUACACCGUGGCUGUCUCCUGCCUCCUGCUUGCAAGCAAGUUCGAGGAUAGGGAAGACCGCGUGCCCAAGUUGGAGCAGAUAAACAGCACGAGGAUCCUGAGCAGCCAGAACGUCACCCUCACCAAGAAGGAGCUGCUGAGCACAGAGCUGCUGCUGCUGGAGGCUUUCAGCUGGAACCUCUGCCUGCCCACACCCGCCCACUUCCUGGACUACUACCUCUUGGCCUCCGUCAGCCAGAAGGACCGCCACUGCCACGCCUGGCCCACCACCUGCCCCCGCAAGACCAAAGAAUGCCUCAAGGAGUACGCCCACUACUUCCUGGAGGUCACCCUGCAAGAUCAUAUAUUCUACAAAUUCCAGCCUUCUGUGGUGGCUGCAGCCUGCGUCGGGGCCUCCAGGAUCUGCCUACAGCUUUCUCCCUACUGGACCAGAGACCUGCAGAGGAUCUCAAACUACUCCCUGGAACAUCUCAGCACAUGUAUCGAAAUCCUACUAGUAGCGUAUGACAACGUCCUCAAGGAUGCCGUCGCAGUCAAGAGCCAGGCCUUGGCGAUGGUGCCUGGCACGCCCCCCGCCCCCACCCAAGUGCUCUUCCAGCCACCCGCCUACCCUGCCCUCGGCCAGCCGGCGGCCACCCUAGCACAGUUCCAGACCCCCGUGCAGGACCUGUGCUUGGCCUAUCGGGACUCGCUGCCGGCCCACCGUGCAGGGAGCCUGUUCUCGGGGGGCACAGGCUCAUCUCUCCACACCCCAUACCCCACCCUCCAACCCCUGGACGUGUGUCCCGUGCCUGUCCCUGUGUCCCUGAGCAUGCAGAUGGCCAUUGCAGCCGAGCCCAGGCACUGCCUGGCCACCACCUACGGAAGCAGCUACUUCAGCGGGAGCCACCUGUUCCCCACAGGCUGUUUUGACAGAUAGGCCACCUCUGGACCAGACGGGAAGCCUUGGAGACCCGGGCAGAGGAAGAGGACAUUGACGAGGAGAGCUCAGCCGAGUGAGGCUCUGGGAGACCAUCCCCAAAGAGCCUCAUUGGCCAUGAACAUGGAGGGUUCAUACUCCUUCUAAAUAAAACUGACCCAGAGUGAAACAUUCAAUGACAUACCUCACCCGAGAGCAUUCCUCCGAAAGGCGUCUUCCACGUGUGGCUGGGGUACAGAGGGAUGGCUCGGUGGCCGUCCCCUCUACCAGGGGCCCAGUGAAUCAAGAAGGACUCAGUAAGAGGCCAGGAGACUGGGAACUGGACGCAGACCACAGUCCACAUGCGUGUCUGGUUUUUAGCGUUAGACUUGGCUACUCUUUGCCCAUGGCAGCUACAGCCCUGAAGAAGGAGGGGUAGGCUGAUGUGUUCUCAGGACCCCCGGAAGAUGGGUAUUGGGUGCUUUUCUUUCCCUGGCUCCUACAGAGAGGCCCGCGUGCGUGUUUAUGCCUGAGUGUGGGCCUUGCGGGGCACAGCGGGGCAGCCUUUGUUGUCGAACCUAAAACCUUUUCUCGGCCUUUUAGGUAUUUCACGUGCUGCUGCUUCCCGAAGUGAUCUAGCUUUCUGUUCCGUAAGAUGUCUUGUUUACAUACCGUAUCAGGGAUUUUUGUGAUACUUGAAAAUUCCUUAAGAGAAAAAACAAACGUUAAUUGCAACACUGCCUGUCCCACGUGAGGGCUGUUAAGUUUUAACCCAGCUUGUGAUGGACCUGCGGGUAACCACGGAAUUCCCUUUUCAAAAGCAUAUGGUUGGGGAGAACCACUUUCCCAGCUCUUGGUUCCAGAAGAUUCCACAUCUUGGAAGCUGUGUUCACCUGUAGAACUUUGAGAACUACCCAAGGGGGAAAAGCUUGUGGAAAAGAAGACAAAGGUUUGAAACAAUCCUCACCUCCCUCCGCCACGUGCGUGCAGCGUGUGAGGUUACACCCAGCCUCAGCUCUGAGUGUGGCUAAGAGUGAGGGAUAAUGAUGUGGAAUAUUUGCUUAAUGCCACCUGGAUUUGGAACGUGGCGAUGUGCAUGGAUAUACGACACCGCCACUGAUAGGCAAGCGAUUGGUUGGAUCGAAAGACAGUAUUUAGGGGUCUGCAGCAAGAGGGAUCUCAGGAAGACUCUUGUAACCAUGUGCAAUAUGUUUUUAUUCUGACUCAUGGCUUGUGCUCAGCAUGUUCUUUCUUUUGGUUGGUUUGGGGUCAGGGGACAUAUCGUUCACCCACCAGAACUGGGAGGUGCAAAGGACCAUGGGAACAAUGUUUAUUUGUUUUUUAAAAGAAGAACCUAUCUUGGUUUUCUUGGAUUUUUUGCCAGUCUAGAAGACUGUGGCGGGGGACUGCCGGGAAGGCAGUAGCGUGCUGCUGAGUCGGAUCCGAAAGUGGUAAAGCUUUUUUCAGAGCAGAUGAAAAGUGUCGAUGUGGAAACAGAACAAGAGAAGAGACUGGGCGUGGAUAAGGCGUUGCCACCCUGUCACAUUAGCAUAGGAAACUGCUCAUUCGUUUGUUGUUUUUUCUUUUUCCUUUGCCAACCUCCUCCUAUUUAUGUGCAACCAGUUUGGAUUCCAGGUUAUUGUAUCUGUCUGUUCUGGGGCUGGGGGGUCGUGAGGGGCCCCCCAGUAGAGCCUCACAGCCAACAUGGCCCCCAUAAGAAGGCAUCCUGCAAUAAACAUGUCACCUGCU